GGUGGUGAAUCCGCCAUAUUACUAUUCUUCUUUAACAAAAGAUAUAUCGGAACUUUUACUAUUUCAAAGUUAUUUAUUGAGGUAAACAUUAACACUAAUGUGUUUAAGACAGUUAGACAAGACAACGUCCCAUUAUGCCAAUGGAACGAAACAAGACAAUGGUAUAUCUUUGGAUUUUCCUUACCACACUGUUUUGCUGGAUAGUAAAAUGUGGUAAACUGAGCGGCUAUUCUUUCCCAGUGUAUGCCACAUUAUCUUGUCCCAGGAACCAAUCAGAAUGGAGAAAUAGGUCAUCUGACCUAAACUGUACAGAGAGUAAUGGAUACAUGUGUAUACCUAACGAGAACAUUACACAGCUGUUGGAGUUUUGUUACAGAUAUCCAAAGAUACCAGUUGAAAAGAGUAUAUGUUUGAUCCUGAAGAAAUCUACAUUUCUUGUUGAUGCCUACAGCUGUAAACAAUUUAGAAAUGGAUGCCCCAAUAAGUUGUAUUGGAGUGAUGAAGUCUUUAAAUAUCAAAGUUGCCUUUCUAUUGGAAACAGAUGCUUUCUUGCUGAGCCUCUCUGUACUGAAAAAAGAAUUGCAACAAUUGGACCUACAGAAACCAAGGGUGACGUCAGGGCAGGGGAUGUUAAUGAAAACAAUUCAUGGGUUUGGAUCCUAGUUACAGGCGUAUUUCUGCUGUUUUUACUCAUAGCUAUCUGUGUGCUUGUUAUCAUUAGAGGAGGAAAACAGAAGACUUCUGUCGUGGCGAAGACUCAAAAUGGGGAGGAUGAUAUUCCCUCUAGAAGACACAGCUUAAGAGAAAGAGAUAUAGAUAAUAUGGAAGAAACUCCAUUCAUAAAAUAUGAAGAUGAAGAACGGGAAAUGGAAGACAAGCAAGAUGAAGAUGCUGAAAUUGCACUUUUGUCGGCAAAUAAAAAAACCUUGGAAAAAGAAAAUAUUUCUUCGGACAGAUAUUCAAAUGAAAUAAACAGAGAGAAAUUUGAGGAAGAGCUGACAGAAAGGGAUUCUGAUGAUAAAUCCUUGUCAGAUUGUAUCAUAGAAAAACAGGAUGACCAACUAUGUUUAGAAGAAACCAGCAAGACAGCAGACUCUUCAUCUGAAGACAUUAGCAUAGAAAAAUAUUCCUUAUUGAAUAAAGAUGUUUCAGACGAGAUAGAUAGUUAUUCAAAACAAAAGGAGAACAUUGAUAAGAUCAGUUCGGAAAAACUUGAGACAGACAGAGACUUUUUCUGUUUAGAUAAAAUAAACAGAGAAAAAACUGAGGAAGAGGGAGGAGAUUCGAAGUCCAAUGAUGAAUCCUUGAAAACUGAUAUAGCAGAAAGACAUGACAACACACUACAUUUAGAUGAAACCAAUGAAACGACAGACCUCUCUUCAGAAAGCUACAGCGAAAAAGAAAAUUUACCGCUUGCUGAAGAAGUUCAAGAAUGGAGAAUCAGGUAUGCAGAACAGCAGGAGAAAAGUGACAGAAUCAGUUCGGAAGAGCUAGAUAAAGUUGGUAUAUAUCUUGAUGACUAUGAAAUAUGGAAAACAGAGAUUUCAGGAAAAUACAAGGAGUUGUCAGAUGAGGAACGUGCUGUUUUAUUUCUUCUACUCUGCAGCAAUAAGAAUAGCUUUAUCCUGGAGAAACCAAAAACAUUAACAAAACGAGUAUCAGGAAUGAUUGGUACACUGGACGUUUCAAAGAGCAUUACUGAAAGUAUUCAAACAUUGCAAUCGAAAGGACUUGUAUCCAUUCAGAAUGAAAAGGUGGAAUUUGCUUCAGAUGACGUCCACGACGAGACUAUGUUUGAUUAUGUACACACAUGUUGGAAGAGAAGCAAAGUUUAUGUUCAACAAAAGUACAAAAUUACAAAUCUGUUUGAGAACAUAGAUAACCAAAUAUUCAGAAAAUUUCGUUACUUUUUUUAA